ACACGUCCUCCUCCAUAAUCCUAUCCAUGAUCCAUGUUAGUUAGUUGGUGAGAGUGAGCAGAGAGCAGAGUGUGGGGUGGUAAGAAAAAAUGGCCAUUUCAAUGAUUUCAUCAACAUUUUCUUCUUUCAAGCUCACUUUCCUUCGCCCAAGUCAACUUCAACCUCUUACUUUCACUUUCCCAUCUUCUUCUGCUAUGGCUCAACCCCUCCCACUCAGGUUGGCUGCAAAAAUUCACAGCCUUGGAAUUGGAAGAGAAGGUGCACCCUCCGAUCCUAAGGCCGGUGUUUCGCUUUACAAACCUAAAUCCUACCAAGUUCUCGUCAAUGAUGCUGCCAAUUCCCUAGCUUUCGCACUUCAAGACGGAAAAAUUCGUCUCGAAAUCGAUUUCCCGCCUUUGCCCACCAACGUGUCUUCCUACAAGGGAUCCUCAGAUGAGUUCAUUGAUGCCAACAUUCAACUUGCCUUGGCUGUUGUAAGAAAGCUCCAGGAGAAACAGGAAACCAGAGCUUGCAUAGUAUUCCCUGAUAAACCAGAAAAGCGCCGAGCCUCUCAAUUGUUCAAAACAGCUCUAGAUUCCAUUGAUGGCAUUACCAUAGGUUCCUUAGAUGAUGUCCCAGCUGGACCUAUGACUUCGUUUUUCAGAUCUGUCAGGAACACCCUUGAUUUUGACUUUGAAGAUGACAACGAAGGUCGUUGGCAAUCUAGUGAUCCUCCAUCAAUCUACAUAUUCCUUAACUGCAGUACUCGUGAACUUGCAUAUAUAGAGAAGUAUGUGGAAAAAAUUGCUACAUCAACCCCAACACUUUUAUUUAAUCUUGAACUAGAUACACUACGUGCUGAUUUAGGCCUUCCAGGCUUUCCUGCCAAAGAUUUGCACUACCGCUUUCUUUCUCAAUUCACUCCGGUUUUCUACAUCAGAAUCCGAGAGUAUUCAAAGACAGUUGCAAUUGCGCCAUAUAUUGUCAAUUAUUCUGGAGCCGUGUUCCGCCAGUACCCAGGUCCUUGGCAGGUGAUGCUUAAACAAGCAGAUGGUUCUUAUGCAUGCAUAGCAGAAAGUGCUGAUCGGUUCAGCCUUGGUGAGGCCAAAGAGGAGUUGCUAAGGGUCUUGGGGCUUCAAGAAGAAGAGGGGAGCUCUCUAGAAUUUCUCCGAAGGGGCUACAAGGCAAGCACGUGGUGGGAAGAAAAUUUUGAUUCAGAAGUAUCUUCUGCAUGGCGGACUUGAGUAGUACAGUGUUAGCAGAGAUUGCGUUUUUUAGUGUGUUGGUAUGUAGUGGUCAAUGGAUGUGCUCACAUAUAUUCAAGGAAGAUAAUUUAUUUUUAAUCAGUAAUAUCCUUGUUGUGUUUGAUAAUGCUUCAUCACGAACACAGAUAAUUUUCCUUGCUUGGUAUAGGAUACAAGAAGAAUCGACAUGAGUCUUAUUGACGUAUUUUUUUA